GUGUACGCGGGUGACAGCUGUCAGAUUUAUUCAUUUUGCAUCAAGUUUGAAAUGUGAUUUCAUUUAAUUAAGUACAAACUUACCGUUAAGCCGCAAACAAAGAUGCCUAUUUUUCGUAAACUAGAAUAAGAAUCCUUAAAUAUACUCGGCAUGUAUUUCGACCAAACAGGGCUGGCGAUGGUAGCCCCCACGGAUAAUCCGGGGCUGGCGGGCAUGGAUUCCGAAUACAUGCAAACCCAGUGCGUCAUGGCUGAUGGGGGCGACAGGUUUGGGGUCUCUGCAUUGGCUUUUGAUAAAAACGAAGAACUUUUGUGGAUGGGGAAUCUAGGGGGGCAUGUAACUUCUUAUUACACUGGUGCUUUACAAAAAUAUACCUCGUUUCAAGUACAUGCCAAUGAAGAUAUAAGACAGAUUGUAACUUUUGAUGAAGGCAUAUUGGUUUUAACUGCAAGCACUUUAAGAUGUCAAAUUCGGAGGGGAAUACCUGUCUACACUCAUAUGUCAACUCAAAUGCAAGAUAUGCAAUGCAUGCUCCAAAUGUCCCCCACAAGACUUUUAAUGGGGGGACAUCAGGACAAAUUACUUGACUUUAAUUUAAACGUUUGCAAGGAAACAAUGUCGUGUGAUGUUGGUGAAUCUGGUUGUGUGAUGCUAAGACCACACAGCAGAUUCGUUUGCGCUGGAAACCCUUUGGGAAGAAUUGAUCUGAGAGAUCCAAAUAAUUUAAAAAUCGAACACACCCUGGAAACUCAUAGCGGAAGUUUGAGUGAUUUUGAUGUGCAAGGUAACCUUUUGGUCACUUGUGGGUUUAGUAACAGGCAUGGAAAUUUGGCAGUGGACCGUUUUUUGAUGGUUUACGAUUUGCGAAUGCUGAGAGCUGUCUCGCCUAUGCAAGCUGUUCUGGAUCCUCUGUAUUUAAGAUUUAUACCGUCUCUAUCCUCUAGAUUGGCUGUGGUUUCGGCCAUGGGCCAGGUCCAACUCUUGGACACCAUUGCCUUGAACGAGCCCAAGUUGUGUUUAAUGCAAAUGGAAAAUCCAGGUGCCAUGUGUCUGGCUUUCGAUAUAAGCUCCACAUCCCAGGCGAUUUCCUUUGGGGACAACUCGGGACACAUUCAUUUGUUUGCCACCACCGAAGAACCGGUUUUCAACAAUUACUCGAGGGUUACAGAACACGCCGAUCCAGUGGAACAGUACCAUAGCUUCGCUAUGGACGAUUACAGCACCCCCUUUGUCAGUUAUACCCAUGCCAAUUGUGCCUGACAUUACCGUUGGCUAGCGAUUGGCCCGCCCAGUUCAUGCAGUAUGUCUACAGGAAACCGCAAGGAAUUGAUCCAGAAAUUUUCCGUUCGAUGAAAAUGCAGGGCCCCAUUGGUUACGCGCCCAACCCGAGGUCGACGAGGGAGAAACCAAGUUGUUUACGAUAUCGGUCUGAAUGGGUACAGCAACCACAAUCAGCUCAACAAAAGUCCCAAGCACUCACGAAGAAGAUGGUACGUUUAUAGCAAUACCGAAAAGAUACAGAAAGGUUGACGUUAAAUACAAUAAACUGGGUAGCGACGAUUUUCAAUUCGAUUUGUACAACAAAACCGGCCUGUGCGGGCUUGAGGCUACCCUGCCCAACGCCUAUUGCAACUCCAUGAUACAAGUUCUAUACCACACGGAACCACUCAGGGCAGCCCUGCUAUCUCACCUGUGCACCAAGGAAUUUUGUCUAUCCUGCGAGUUGGGUUUCCUGUUCCAGAUGUUAUCGAACGCGAGUCAAAAUCAGCCCUGUCAGCCCGGGAAUUUCCUCAGGGCGUUCAGAACGGUGCCCGAGGCCUCGGCCCUCGGGCUGAUUUUGAGCGAUCUGCAUCCAGAAGCUAAAGUCAAAACAGACCUGUGCGCGCUGAUUCAGAGUUGGAAUAGGUUCAUGCUGCAUCAAAUGCACGUUGAACUGGUGGAAAAUAAGAGACGUUUGGAGGAGAAAAAACAGUCGAAAAAACCGUUCAUCUACAAGGAAACGGAUUUUCCGAGUAUAUCGACUGAUAGAAAAAAGAGCAACGCUUCAGAAGUCAACAUUAAAAUUGAAGAUGAGAAGCAGGAGGAAAUCUCGGAGAUAAGUCAACUUUUUGGGACCAAACAGCUCCAGAAAAACACUUGUCUCAAAUGUAAUUGCGAGGUCAAGAAGGAGUCGGUUUUGCUCGCUUGCAAUCUCGUUUAUCCCACGAACGAGCCCGAUCGCGAAGAAUGGAGUUUUUGCGACAUUUUGGCCAGGUCUCUUUGUCCACAGCAAACCACGCCUGCUUGGUGCGACGAUUGCAGCAAAUUUACGCCCACCUUGCAAACCAGAAUCAUUGAGUCUCUGCCGAAGCUGCUGGCCAUCAACACCGGGCUGCACAACCCGCAGCACAAGCAGUUCUGGCAGACGCAGAUGGACAAGGUGGUGGCGAAGAUGUCGCAGCUCGAUCCGACGCGCGGCGCCGCCGCCACCGCGCCGCUGAGCAGCUCGAAGCCGUGCCGCUACGGCGACAGCUGCACGCGGCCGGGCUGCCGCUUCCGGCACAGCUUCGACAACGCGCCGCCGCCCGCGCCAGUCAACAACCCCUACUGCAGCAACAACUGGCUGCCGCACUCCAUCGAGUUGAGCUUGAGGGAGGGCAAGCUGAAGGUCGCCAAGGUGGACGAUAUCGCGUCGAAAGGAGAAAAACCCGACACAAUCGAAGAGGAGAUAAAGGAACGCUACGAACUGACCACCGUCGUUUGCUACAUAAACGACCAAACGACCAGCGAAAAGCGCAAUCUGGUGGCUCUCAUCAAAGUGCCAGAUUCCUAUCUGAACAGCAAAACGGUGGACACCAACACCAAGUGGUACUUGUUCAACGACUUCAGCAUAUACCCGAUACCGGUGCAGGAGGCGGUGUGGUUCAGUCUGGAUUGGAAGACCCCGUGCGUCCUGUACUACACCACUCCCGAGGUCAUCGAGGCCAAGACCGACGUGCAGAAGCCUCUCACCAGGGAGGUUUUCACCGAAGAUGCUUGCAUCGCGAGAAGCGGUGGCACCACUGGAAUCACUUUCACGCCCUUGCACGAUAACGAAACCCUAAAUACAGGGGAUUUGGUCGCGAUGGAUGCAGAGUUUGUUACCUUGAACCAAGAAGAAGCGGAACUGAGGAGCGACGGUAAAAUGUCGACGAUAAAACCGUCUCAAAUGUCUGUGGCAAGAAUCACGUGCAUCAGAGGUCAAGGCAAAAUGGAGGGUACGCCUUUUAUCGACGAUUACAUCUCCACGCAAGAACAGGUGGUGGAUUAUCUGACGAAAUUUUCGGGUAUCAAACCCGGCGAUUUGGACGCCAACUUCAGCUCGAAACAUUUAACGACGUUAAAGUCCACGUACACCAAACUGAGGUUCUUGCAAGACAGCGGAGUCAUAUUCGUUGGACACGGACUCAAGAACGAUUUCAGGGUCAUUAACUUGGUUGUGCCUACGGAACAAGUGGUUGACACGGUACUUUUAUUUCACUUGCCCCACCACAGGAUGGUUUCUUUGAGGUUUUUAGCCUGGCAUUUUCUAGGUAUGAAAAUUCAGUCGGAGACGCACGAUUCCGUGGAGGAUGCCAGGGCAGCUCUUCAGCUGUACAAAAAGUACAAACAGCUCGAGGUGCAUGGAAAAAUCGGCGACGAAUUGGCCAAGUUGUACGAGGCUGGGAAGUCGUUGAAUUGGAAGGUGCCCGAAAGUUAAUGUUAUUCUUUCUUCAUAAUUAUUUUAACGUCAAUUUUAUUGUCACCUAAAAUUUCUGCAAGGCUAUUGCCCAGAUUUUAAUAAAAAUUAUUGUAUUUUUUAUCUCUUUAUUUAUUGAUUGAUACGUAAUUUUCAUUUUAUCAUUGAGAUUUUAUACUUUUUUUUUGAUAUUUAUUGAUUGAUUGCAUUUAGGUAAUUUUUACCAUUCCAUCAAC